GUCAUUUUGUCUUAUAUGGCGUGCUUAUACAUCCCUUGGAAGAAGCAGUGCAGUUGGUCGACAGGGCUAUACGUUUGAUGUUGGACUUGAAGCUUCAUCGACAACUUGCCCUGAACUGGCUUGGAAUAUAUAUUUUUGAGUCUAGGUUGCUCAAGCGCCUAUCUACUUGGCCACAUAGUGAUAUUGAUUUGCUUGGCCCAUUGCUAAUCAUGUGUGGAAAGUCCACUAGUCCUACCAGUCACGACACCAACAGCAGAUAUGUCGAAGCUUUUUAUUGGAGGCCUUGCGUGGCACACUGAGGAUGUCACAUUGAGACAGAAAUUUGAGGAGUUUGGUCCUGUUGAGGAGGCGGUCGUGGUCAAGGACCGUGACACCGGUCGUAGCAGAGGUUUUGGAUUUGUUCGUUACACCCAAGAAGACCACGCGCAAAGAGCCAUUGCUACGAUGAACAAUGUUGAGUUUGACGGGAGGACUAUUCGUGUUGACAGAGCUUCCGACACUGGGCCACGGGGUGGUGCUGGAGGAUUCAGCGGCCGCGGAUCGUACCCAGCGGCAGGGGGUUAUGGAACACCUUACGGUGCUCAGCCUGUUCCUGGGUAUGGCAUGCCUGCUCAGCAGAUGUAUGCGCCUGCGUAUGGUCGCGGAGCCUACCCACCGCAACAAGCUGCCUACGGACAAGCUGCCCCACAAGGGUAUCCGGUUCAGGCACCUUAUGGCUAUGCAGACCACCAGCAACAGCAACAGCAGCAGGGUCCGCCGCCUCCAGGUCAGCCACCUCAUUAUUGAGCUCCCUCUGCAAAUUUGUUCCAUUCGACUUUACCUCGUACGACCUAUGCAACGGGUCUCUGACGACUUUUCAGUCAUCAGUGUGUAUCACGCCAUGUACUGAUCUGCUGAUUGGGGGUUCAUGAAUCAGGUAACGCGAGCAAAACUUGACGUGGUUUUCAAUAUCUCAGC